AGAGCGAGAGGAGGAAAACUCAGAGGGAAGUGGCGUGGCUUCAACAGACUUUUUUUUUUUGCCUGUCUUUAUCACAAAGCCUUUUCCCUGGCCCUGCUGAGACCACUGCUCUAAGAAGAGAGCCCAGACUGAGAGAGGACUCCCAGCUGUCCUGGGAGCGGAGGCCGCGUGCUACACAGCCACAGCUGACUUCAUCUAUACAAGUAGGAACUCCUGCUCUGAAGCCCCUCCAUGAAUCCCCAGAAGAAGGUGGACCUGAAACUCAUUAUCGUUGGAGCCAUUGGUGUGGGAAAGACCUCCCUCCUUCACCAAUAUGUGCACAAGACAUUUUACGAGGAAUACCAGACCACGCUGGGGGCAAGCAUCCUCUCGAAGAUUAUUAUAUUGGGUGACACAACUUUGAAGCUACAGAUCUGGGAUACUGGCGGUCAGGAGCGGUUCCGCUCCAUGGUGUCUACGUUCUACAAAGGUUCCGAUGGCUGUAUCCUAGCGUUUGAUGUCACCGACCUGGAGUCUUUUGAAGCCCUGGAUAUCUGGCGGGGUGACGUUCUGGCCAAGAUUGUCCCCAUGGAGCAGUCCUACCCCAUGGUGUUGCUGGGGAACAAAAUCGAUCUGGCAGACCGCAAGGUACCCCAGGAAGUAGCGCAAGGCUGGUGUAGAGAGAAAGAUAUUCCUUACUUUGAAGUCAGUGCCAAGAAUGAUAUCAAUGUGGUGCAGGCCUUUGAGAUGCUGGCCAGUCGGGCUCUGACGAGGUACCAGAGCAUCUUAGAGAAUCACCUCACAGAAUCCAUCAAGCUCUCGCCAGACCCGUCAAGGAGCCGAUGCUGCUGACCUCCGGACGCCUCCUCUGGGUGCCCAGAAACAGAGCCCGCCCCGGGCCUGGUCACCCCAGGCUUGAGGACAGAUGACCAUCCCCCUUCAGGCCCACUGCCUGGCCAAGCACAGCGCAGGGGACCCAGGCUCCGUAGUAGAGCCCUUGACCCCCGUGCUGGGCCCAGAGUCAGAGGGCAGCCCCUGCCUUAGGCUGAGGACAGUGAGAGCCUCCGGAUGAAGCUCAGAAUGUCACAGCCAAACCCCGGCCCUGGGGAAGUCGCAGUUUCCGCAGGGGCUCCAGCUUUCCCGCUGCCCGUCCUCCCCCGACACACUCCCGCUCCAGAACGCACAGCUCCGAGACCGACCGGCCACUGACUAGAGUCUGGUUACAUCCUAUGGACAGACCUUCCUCACCCCCUCCCACCUCACACCCUGUCCACUGGUGGCAUGGCUCAGCCUCCCUCAACCAGCAGGCUACGGAGUAAACGGCUGGACCCCACGUGCCGGGUUCAUCUCAGCUCCUCCCAGGAGCUCAUGUGCCUGAGACCCCCUCUCCUCCCUCCAAGGUAGAGGACUGAUGGAGCACAGGAGAAACCACGAGGGACCCUGGCUCAUUCGUCCCUGCUGGGUGCUCAGCAACUCACAUAAACCUCUGGGUCUCCAUGUGUUCAUCUGUCCUAUGGGGGCGCUAUAUGCCUUCCCUGUAUCACAGUGUGAUAUGGGGUUUUGAGGACCAGAAGCUGUGCUUAAAUCUAGUUGAUGUUGUCAAUAUGCAUUUAUUUAUUUACUCCACAAGAAUUGUUGCAUAUCUACUGUGUACAAUCCAUUGAGGUCCAGUGACAACCAAAACUGACAGGGACCCUGCUCUCCUGGAGCCACGUCUGGUGAGGGAGAGAGGAAAUGGACACAGACUCUAGACAGAGAUUUCCAAAUAGCAGGCAGCACAGACAGGGCCCAUCCUGGAGAGGGUGGACAAGAUGUCCUCUCGGGGCCUUCAGUGGCCAAGUCCAUGCCCACCACAGAAUCUUUCUGUCUACCCAGAAGUAUCCUUCCCUGAGUUCCAAGCAGAGCAGGGGUUGUUCGCCUGUGACUUGGAAGAUACAUGUAGGGGUCAGGGAGAGACCCACAGUGGGGGUUGGGAGCCAAUUCUCCCCCCGUCUGGCUCUGGAGUGUGAACUGGCUCAUUCUGGACACCAGCAUGGAGCCAGCUUGGGAACGGCGGGGCGGGGCGCGGGCAGCCUAGAGCACAGCUCUAUCUGUGUCCUUCAAGCUCCCGGGGAAAAAUGAUGCGCCCCAUGGGAAUGGCACUUUGCACAUCACAUGGGUUGUCCUGGGAGUCAGGCAGUGUGGACUGUCACGUGCGGUGUGUACGCUGCAGCCAGUGCACCGCAGUGACACGUGGAGCAUUUCUAAAGGUGCACAACAAAUAA